AAUGGCUCAAAAUACAGUAUCCAAUUGCAUUCAGGAAAUCAGUCACCUUAUUGUGCAUUAUUUAAGUGAUGAGUGGAUCCAAUUUCCCACUACUGAAGAAGAAAAACUGGCAAUUAAAGUCAAAUUUAGGGAAACCACACACUUUCCAGGUGUAAUAGGUGCAGUUGACUGUACACAUGUCGCUAUAAUUGCUCCUCGGGAAGAAGAACAUAAUUUCAUUAACAGAAAAGGUUACCAUUCAAAAAAUAUUCAAAUAAUCUGUGAUUACAAUUUGAAAAUAUUAAACAUAAACCCCCAAUUUGCGGGUGCGACUCAUGAUGCCUACAUUUGGCGAAAUUCAGAAGUUCACCAAGAACUGGAGAGGUGUUAUUUAGCAGGAGAUCGUCAUUCUUGGCUUUUAGGGGAUUCUGGCUAUCCGCAACAGCCAUGGCUAAUGACCCCUGUAUUAAAUGCACUUGCAGGAUCUGCAGAAGAACGAUACAAUACUCACCACGCUUCUGCAAGAAAUUGUAUCGAGCGUUGUAACGGAGUUUUUAAGCAAAGGUUUAGGUGCGUCUUGGGAGAGAGAACAUUGAGAUAUUCCCCAGAAAAGGUUGGAAAUAUUGUUGUUGCAUGUGCAGUGCUACAUAAUAUAUGCACUGAUGCAAGACUAGAACUUGACGUAGAGAAUAUGGAACGUAUAAUUCCCAAUGAAGUGAACGUUAAUGUACAGCAGAUGAAUGAAAAUGGUAGGGAUGCUCGAAGAAUAUUAAUUGAAAAUUAUUUUCAAUAGUGUAAUAGUUUUUCUUAGAUGUAGACAAUAAGAUUAGUACAACAGAUAGUCUUAAUUGUUAAUAUCAUUUUUUGUUUUUGUUUGCUUCU